CAUGCCUCUUUCUUCCAACAGGAASGACUCAGGGCAGAAGCGCACAACAUCCUCCGGCUCAGCCAAAAAGAGUUCCCGUGGGGAGGGAGACUCCUCCAUCUUCCUCCGCAAGCGCUCCAAGAGAGACGAUUCGGACUCAGACAGUGAGCUCUCGGUGGAUGAGCACAGCAGCUCCUAUGCCUCGUCCCACUCCUCAGACAGUGAUGAUCACAGAGGAAGCCGCAAGCAUAGGUGGAACAACGAGAGACCGUCCGCAGCUCAACAGACCCAAAGUGGAUACAGUGGCCAAUCACGUGAAGCCCUACUGGCCAGUGGAGCCGCCGACAGCUAGUGAGAGCGAGGAGCCCUGCGGGGUGGAGUUGCUGCGUGUGGAGACCAAGGUCAACGUGGAGCUCCACCAGGACAACAAGGUCAACAGGGAGUCCCAGAAUGAUAGUGCCCCUCCCAGCUCACCUGACUGCAACCAGACAGAGAAGACGAGGGGCAUUCUGAAAAACAAGAUCACCUCCCCUCCUCCCCUGACUGACAAGAACAUGAAGAAUCGCCUGCGGGAGAAACUGAGUGACUACAACCCCCACAGCAUCUCCACCAGGACUACCCCAGUCCCCCCGUCUCCCGUCUCCUCCCAUCUACACCCUGUAAUCGGAGGCAACGGGGUCCUCAUCAAAUCCCCGCCUCGCCAGCCUGUGCCUCCGCACCUUCCGUUGUCUCCAUGGGACCGGCACAAUGGGGUUGUCGUGACAACGACGAGGACGAUGAUGUCGCCAUUAGUCAAUGGGGUCAACGGGGUUCAAGACGCCCAAGACUCGGACUCCRACGGUAGCAACGAAACCUCAAUCUGACCUGGAGAGAAKUCCAGAUAGACAACCAGUUCUUAAGGCAAGAGGGGCUACAGCACCGAUACCAUGCGUGCGGUUCAAAGGUCACUAUGGGACCCCUAAGCUCCUAUGGAGACCAGUGUUAGCCCAGACAGCUGCCUGCCUGAGAGAAAAGGGAAGAAAGGAGAGAGCCUGAGAACUACAUCUCCCAGCAUGCAGCAGCUAGUUGGAAAAACAAAACAAUGCACUUCACGGCUACCAAGUGGGGCUGUCUGUAGUUGUUCAUYGCGGGUGGCAACUGACAGCAGGUUGGGAUUGAAGACUUUUCUAGGACCAGAUKUGCCAUGAUGUGAUAUUGACCUCAUGAAUCAGUAAGACAUUCACCAAGUGCCCAGCUGUUUGCCCACAGAGACAGAAACGUCCAAAAAACAAAUCAAUGUCUUUGGUCCGUGUAAUUACUUUGUAGAUAUUUAGUAUUUUUACUUUUUGGACUUGUUUAUAGGAGAGGAAUAACUAAGCUGUACAUUGUAAGUAGUGUAUUGUAAUGUCAUAUUAUUGGGAGAGCAUGUGUAGAUGUGACAGUCAACAAGGUUUUUUACAGAUGUUUACGAAUUUGGCACAUUUUAAGAAAACAAAAAUGCUGCCAUCCGCAGCAUGUAAAGUACUCCCAGUCUGAAAAUACUCUACUGAUAAUAUGAUUUUGAAGUAUUCAAACACUUACAUAGUAAGUCUAGUAAAACAAAAGCCAUCUUAAAAUAGUAAUUCUAACAUGUUCAUCUCCGUAUUAYAGUGAAGGUCUUGUCCAUUCCAAUUGUGUCCUGAUGGUUGAAUGAGGAAAACGCACUGAAAUCUUAAUACUUGCAUUACAGYUUCCAGUAAAUGGCAGAGUAAUAUWGAAAUCAAUUGCUACUCUUGAAUGGUUAGUAGAAAAUGACAGUGACUUGAUUGUUACCAUGUUGUCUCAUUGUAACCCUUUYCACAUUGUGCUUCUGAGUUUGUGUAGAUCCUUAUAUUACUUCUACACAUCAUCUCUGGAGAUCCUAUCGCCAAGUGUUCAGACACUAACAUGUCUGUACUYUGAUUUUUAACUCCUUAGAAUAAUAUGUUGCAGUAUUAUUUCCAAGGAAACCAUAUUCAUUUUAAGUAUCAACUGUGUGCCUUUCUCUCUGCCUCCACAGAGCAUAGUGUCUAAACCCAAGGUAACCACUAUUACUAGUUUUAGUAUACCGACCUCCCCUUUCCCAUUCCCCUGUUGAGCUGUAAACACCAGUGUACAUGAUCUAGUUAUAAUACUGUCAUCCCUCAGUCCUCCUUCUGCUAUUUCAUGUUUAUAGAUGAGCCAUAUCUCUUUAAAGCUGGUAUUGUGUCAGACAAUGGAAUCAUUAUUGUAACAUACACAUAUUUAUUUUUUGUGAAAAGACACUGGCAAUCAGACUUUAGGAAGACUAAAAUAAACCACAUUCUGAUUUUUUUCCUUA